AUGUGGGUUGUUUCGUUUUGGAUAUUUCCGGUCAUAUCGGCCUGCAUGUGGAUAGCGAUGCUGGUCGCAAUGCUGGGGCAUUGGGCUGUGGUUGGGUCCCCCAUCUACUCCAGCAUGGAACCCGGUCAGACGAUCGCAUACAUUUCGGACGUGGGAGCCCAGGAACUGAAACCGCUUUUCAUCGCCGGCAGCGUGGUCACCGUGGUGUUUUUGGAUCUCUCGUUCAUUGCCGAGCGAUGGCUACGUCAUGCGGGCCAAUUGGUCCCGAACAAGGGCGUGUUCGACAAGGCCUGCGCCAUCGGAUCGAUCUUUUUCUCAAUCGCCGGGGCUCUGGGACUGAUUCUCUUGUCUUGCUUUGACACCGUUCGGCAUCCACAUAAACAUGUGGGGUUUUUGGUCAUGUUCCUGGUCGGCUACCUCAUCAGUGCCAUCCUUAUCUGCGCCGAAUAUCUCCGACUCGGUAUCUUCUAUCGCUCACACCAUCGAGUUCUGUUUGCCAGUUUUGUCAUCAAGGCCUUUUUCGUGGUCGUGGAGAUUGGCCUCGCCAUUGCUUUUGGCGUUCUGGGACGCGAAGGUGGUCGGAAGAGAAAUGCGGCGGCCGUGCUGGAAUGGGUGAUUGCCCUUAUUUUCACCUUCUACGUUCUUUCCUUCGUGGUCGACUUGCUGCCCUCGGUGCGCACCCGCCGCCACGUUCCACAGGGCGAAAAGCGCAUCAAUAUGGCGGAGCCGUCGCCCGAACUCACCCACGAAGAGCCCCUGACGAUGGACUCCGCCGGUCCAAACGCCAAUAAUGUCAAUUACUACCGGGGCCAGCGCAUGUAA